AAACAAUUACAAAAGAUAACUCAAUCGAAAUGUCUAUUUGUAAUAAAUCUGGAUUAAAUGCAAACCAAAUAAUCACAAAUGGACAAAAACGCCUCAACAGGUCCUCAUCUCAAGAGCAAAUCGAAAAAGCGAUAAGUACAAAUCGUACGAACAAACUGAAAUACCCAAAAAGGUUAGCAAAAUCAAGUUUGAAAUCGUUAGACGAUUGUCGUAGUGUGUGCAAGAUUGCAAAAUCCAACCGUCAACCGGUUAUUGAUGAAAAAACAACCAUGGGUAACUUAUCAUAUAAACCGGAAAGCAGCGGCAAUACCAAGACAUUUACCGAUGAUAAAAAACGGCAGAAUGUUUUUCCUGAGACCAAAUGUAGAGACUUGGAUAAAAGCCGUUAUUCAGCAGAUGAUAACAUUUCAAAUUUAUUUCUAAAAAAGUGUGAAGAACUCUGUGAUUUUGAAGCCAUCGAGAGUACAGAGAAAAUCCCUGAUGACGCAACACGUACGUCUGAUCAGCCCGAGUCAAAGGAUGAAAUGCUACAGUUUGCUCUGCAAGAAAGUAACAUAAGUCAUGAACAAACAAAAAAUGACGUUAAAUCUUCGCCAUAUCCGCAGGCUAUUGGUCACUUAGAUGAUUUUGUCAAGGGAUGUACCAAUAUGGUCUUUUCAAAACACAUUGAUGACAGUUUGAAAACAAACCUUUAUAAAUCUGUUGAUGACAACAAUGAUACAGAAUGCCAAUCUUUGUUGAAGAGUAACCAAUUAUCUUAUAUACUGCCAUUGCUUGCAACCGGUUUAGCUAAAGCCGUUGAGUCUGGAAAUCAUAAAAUAGUUAACAUCAUCCACUCUUACAUUGCAGAAAAUUCUUCAAAAAUACUAACAGAAUUUCGUGAUAAGUACAAAAAGACAUUUAAGGAUGCCACGGUUUGGAUGGGUACAGAAUGUAUUUGUAACAAGGUAGAUGGAAGAAAAUACGAAGAUGAAAUGUGUGAACAACCGAAACCUUUAUUUAUCGUAGAGACAGAUGAUGAAUCAAGAACCAUAAAGGUUGAAGAAAAGUUCCAUGGUUUUCUUAUAAAAGUAGUAACGGACAACACCAUAAGGAAGAAUGAGUCAAGGAAUAUUGAACAAAAUAUAAUGCCAGAAACCCAACAACGGUUAGAUAGAGUUCCUAAAUCUGUGGCUAAACGCCUCUUUAAAAAUCAUUCGAACUUAACAAUGGUUUGCCCCUCGGCUUACAAAUCGAAAGGUUUCGGGACCGACAAAUUUGCAAUUGACAAAAUAAACUGUAUCAAUUUGUUCUGUCGUAUAAAAGGAAUCAUUCCAAUUGGAGAACACCAUUUUCCUUUGAAAAUAAAUGGCAUGCUAACAAACGUGCUUGAAGGAACAUCCUAUUUGACAAGCGCUGUUCACAUCGGUGAUAAGAUCUAUAAUAGCAAAGAGGAAACUGGUACUUUAGGAGGGUUUGUCAAAUACUAUGGAAUCGACACUUUUCUAACUUGUGCACAUGUCAUUUUUGGGAAAUCAAACAUAGCAAAUCUUCAAACUAAGGAUAUACAUUUCAAUUGUCACACAAUAAGAAACGAUGAUAAAAAAGAACCCGUAAAAUGUACAUUGAUACGCCAUAUUCUCAAAUAUGAUACGGAGGAGACAACUAUGGAAGAAAACGACAUAGAAUCAGCAGAAACUGAAGAGGAAACUAGUGUUGAUGCAGCAUUGGUUUUUAUACAGAUGCCGAACACUUCGAAUAAUCCCAUCGGAGAUUGCAGUCCAAUACCAGACAAUACAGCUAGCAGUACAAACAAAUCCGUGGAGUUAAGGAUUAAGUUACAGGGGUAUGGCGAUAGUACAGACGAUAAUCUAUCAGCUUUAGGUUUGAGGUCAAUAUAUUUGAAUGAAAAUUUCAUCGACAUUGAAGUUAAACACAGUAUGGCUAUUGCAUUAUCAGCUAUAACAGGAAAACAAGAAAGGUUCAUUAGUUUGAGUAAAAGCAAUAAGUUAUCCGUCCUUGUACCAAGUCAUGUUAGGGUAAACACUAACAUAAUGUACAACCAAUUUUCCAUACAGAAUAUGGAUUUUCAACCAGGAGACUCGGGUACAUGUAUUUAUUCACCGUUCACAGGGAGUGAUGAUAUCGGAUGCAUAGGGAUGCUUGUUGGUAAAUCCACAUCCGGUGAAUGUAUAGUGACCCCAAUGAAGGAAAUAUUAAAGGCCCUUGAGGUUGACAGUAAGUCGUAAAACAAAGUUGUCAUCAGAUUAAUGUAACUUAUUUUGCUUCGUCUUAUUGAUUUCGAAGAUUCUACUAGUUUUGUGGAUAACGCAAAUAAAAUAUACUACACCAAUAAUAUUUUUUUUAUAAUCUAAUCUAAUCUGAGUUGUUCGGACUUCUUCCAUACUAAUUUGCAUAAUUUUAGUACUAACACCUUAUGUAUGAUUUUGAAUUUGUUGUCGUUCAAAAGUUAUAGAAUUUUGUGUGUAGUGGAUUUUAUCUAUAUUUCUUUCAAUAUUCAAAUUUAAGGACUGCACAAUAUCUGGUGAGCUUUUUUUUUUCUUAAUUUGUUAAACUGUCCUUUCAAUUUUGAAGAAAUGAAUAUUUCUUCUAUUUUGUAGUUUUGCUGUUUAUAGCAGUGUUAAUAUGUAUUUUGUGUUCGUAUGUACUAAUCAUUGAAUAAUGAAUAUUUAUGACUACCAUAUCUGUCUAUACUUGAAAAAAAAACACUGAUAAAUGUUCUACCAGCUACGAUGUACUACCGUAAGAGUGUCCCGAUGUCCGUUUUUUUUUUUUUUUUAUUUUACUUAGGCAUAUUUUUUUUUAAAAAAGAUUUAAAGAUAUUAACUAAAUUAUCUUGAGACACCCAACCCUGAGUGUACACCUCUAUAUAUAAAUGAUCAAAGUUCACACAUGGGGUACAACUUCCUUGAGAUGUUUCAUCGAAUGUCUCAUGUAGCAAAACAACCUUGUUACUCAUACAUUAGGUAAUUUGUUUUAAGGCUAUGUGCGCCAAAUCUAAAAUAGCUUACUUAAAUCAUCAAAUACCUUAAUAGAAACCACCUUUUGAAUGCAUUGUUACUUUGUUUCUUGUGCAAACUAUGAACGAACUAUUUGAUACUGAAAAUUAAACAACAGGGAUCAAUUAAUCAAUAAUUCUUAGAUAAAUCCUUGAAAUUCGUAUUUUUAAAUUCAGUAAGUUGUGUAAACUUUAGAUGCAUAUGCAUGUUCCAUUAACCCCC